AGUAAUUCCAUUGGUCAUAUGCCAUGAUAAAAGAUAUGUAGGAUUAGCAAAUCAAAGAAACAAACAGUUUUAUGUUAUACCAGUAGCUUUUAAAACAAAAAGACAACAAGUAAUGAUAUAGAGUUAUAGACUAAGGUUUUAAAAGCAACAAGAACCACCCAACCAACAUUAAUUUUUAUUCUUUUACAGAUUGAAUAUAAACAUCACUCCCCCCUCUGCUUCUCACUCACACAAUAUUUUCUACAUAUUUAUAUGCGCCCGUGUGAUUUCAACAGCUGUAUCAACCUUCUCUCUUUCAACACAAACCUCUCUCUCUCUUUCUAGUACCAUGUCGGAGAAACGAAUCGGUAUGGUUGAGAAAAGUAACAACAAGAGACAACGAGUGAAUCUUGUUCCCACGUUCCCCAUCAACGACCACCACGACGUUCUUGUUGAAAUCCUCCGGCGACUAGACGGCCCUUCUCUCUGCUCAGCCGCUUGCGUGUGCCGUCUUUGGUCAGCCGUGGCUCGCAACGACUCAAUAUGGGAAGAGCUUUGUUUCCGACAAGUGUCACCACGACCUUCGCUUUCACUUCGCUCAGUUGUGUCUGCUCUAGGUGGCUACCGAUGUCUCUACUUCCUCUGCAUCCGUCCGGUCCUCGCACGACUCCCCAAGAUCAUUUGGAGCCGAGACCAGCUCCAGCUCUCACUCUCCCUCUACUGUGUUCACUACUACGAGCGCCUUUACGUCGGCGCGUGGCUUGGAGACGCGCCACCUUCUUCGCUCAUGUUCCUUAGGAAACCCGUCAACGUAGUCUGAUCCGGCUUUGGCCGGACCGGGAAUGAAUAAACUAUUAGUUCACAAGAUUGUAUUCUUUAUCAUAUUAUUGUUUACUCCUAUUUGUUACGAUUACGAAAUUUCAAGUUCGUCAUUUCAUUACAAGAUAUUUAUUAAUAAACGAUUAGUUCACAAGAUUGUAUUCUUUAUCAUAUUAGUAUUAUUUACUCCGAUUUGUUACGA